AUGACUACGUGGAACUACACCAGGGUUGAGGAAUUCAUCCUUCUUGGUCUGACCAGCCAGCCCAACAUGCAGAUUGCCUUAUUUGUGAUAUUUUUAACAUGUUACGUCAUAUCACUUUUCGGUAAUAUAAUCAUUAUUACUAUCAGUAGGGCAAGCCCCCGGCUGCACACCCCUAUGUAUUUUUUCCUGAGUAACUUAUCUUUUUUGGAUAUUUGGUACACAACAAGCAUUGUUCCUAAAAUGCUUAGAAAUUUUCUGUCAAUAAGAAAAAGCAUAUCUUUUGAUGGCUGUUUCACCCAGCUGUUUAUCCAUCUCUCUUUAGGAGGGACAGAGUGCUAUCUCUUGUUAGCAAUGGCUUAUGACCGGUAUGCAGCUAUAUGUCGCCCACUACACUACACCACUGUUAUGAAUCCCAUCUUGUGCAUUAAAAUGGCAGCUGGCUCUUGGAUUGGAGGCAUAAUAAACUCAUUAAUACACACAGUCUUGGCACUACAGUUGCCCUUUUGUGGCCCCAAUGUAAUAAAUCACUUUUUCUGUGAGGUUCCUUCUGUGCUGGAGUUGGCCUGUGCUGAUGCAUCUCUUAAUAAGACUAUCAUUUUCUUCUGUGCUAUCUUAGUGGUCAUGGGACCAUUUUUCCUUAUCCUCAUAACCUAUGGCUACAUCAUCUCCAGCAUUAUAAAGAUAAGAACAUCUGUGGGACGCAGAAAGGCUUUUUCCACUUGUGCGUCACACAUCAUUGUGGUGUCAUUGUUUUAUGGCACCAUUAUAUUUAUGUAUAUGAGACCAGGGUCAGCCCAUGUGUAUAACCAAGACAAAAUGGCCACUUUGUUCUACAGCGUAGUUACUCCAAUGCUGAAUCCACUGAUAUACACUUUGAGAAACAAGGAUGUUAAAGCAGCAUUAGUGGAUAUUGCAAGAAUAAAGAAAUCUGCCAGAUAA